AUUCCACAUCUUGGGAGUCAAGAAUCAUCUAUAAAAUCACCUUUACACUAGCAUAGCUUUUCUUGUCUGAAAUUCGAGUUAUCGGGGGAGCUCAUGGGGAAGGGCUUGUAUCUCUUCAUGUCCUUGCAAUUUAUUCUUCCAUUUAAAAUUCUCCUAGCAGCCCAAUCUCCCCUCCCUCCGCCGCAGCUCUGGUGCCAUGACGAUGAGAGGUCUGCCCUGUUGGAAUUCAAGGGAAGUCUCGUACUGAGAUAUCCUGAUUUUGAUACGUGUUUUAACUCAUGGAGGCCAGAAGGAGAAGCUCGGAAUUGCUGCUCCUGGGAAGGUGUCGAGUGCGGUGGCCCUCACAACCACGUGAUCGGCCUCAACCUCAUUCAGUGUGGCGGUGACCCCUACAGUUCGAUCAACUCCAAUAGUAGCAUAUUCCGGCUUGUGCACUUACAGAAGCUCAAUCUCAAUUCAUUCGACCUCAAUUACUCUUCCAUACCCACUUCACUUGGAAACCUCCAAUCCUUGAGAGAGCUGACCCUCAGUCGAUGCAAUCUUCAGGGUAUGAUUCCUCCAUCAAUAAGUAACUUGACCAAACUCGUUACCCUAGACCUUACAUUCAAUAGUCUUCGUGGCCCAAUCCUUCCUUUUAUCUCAAACUUGACACACCUCGUAACAUUAGAGCUGGCCUAUAAUCAAUUCACCGGUGAGAUACUGCCAUCACUUGGGAACCUCAUCCGACUUACUGGGUUAGAUCUGCGCUUGAAUCAAUUUACAGGUGAAAUUCCAACUCAAAUAGCGAGCCUCACCCAUUUACAACGCCUUGGCCUGUCUUUCAAUAAGCUUCAUGGCACAAUCCCGGCCUCGCUCUCUGAACUCCAAAGCCUCACCUAUCUUUUUCUUCGUUCAAACAAUCUCAGUGGAACAGUGCAGUUGGACAUGUUCUCAGAGAUGGAGCACCUAGAGCAACUCAUCUUAUCAUUCAACAAUUUCUCACUCGCCAUUGGACCAAAUGGAAGUGAUAGUCUAAAAAAUGUCCAGAUUCUCGGUUUGGCUCAAUGCAAUCUGAGUGAGUUCCCGGAGUUCCUAGAGAAACUAGAUAACUUGUUUCAGUUAGACUUAUCCUAUAACAAUCUCUCUGGACAAAUACCAGAAUGGUUUCUGAAUACAACACUGCAAACUCUAGCAUAUCUGAACCUUUCACGUAAUUCUCUGACCAGUUUCCCAAGGGAUCUCUUCUAUUACAAUGCAACUUAUCUUCAAUCUCUAGACCUUCGGUUUAACAAGCUGCAGGGAUCACUUCCCAUUCCUCCAAAACAGAUUGGGUAUUACCUGGUGUCAGAUAACAUGCUAUCCGGCGAAUUAUCACCACUUUUAUGCGAUUGGAAGUAUGUAAGUUUACUUGAUCUCUCGAAGAACAACUUUACAGGUGAGCUCCCACAAUGCUUGAGCAGCUUGAGCGAGAACCUGGUGAUGCUAACUUUGCAUAGCAACAACUUCCAUGGAAGAAUUCCUCUCUUCGGAAGCAACACCAGCACCUGUGCACUGGAGAUGAUAGACCUGAGCAAUAAUCAGUUGCAAGGGCCAUUGCCGAGAUCUCUCUCAAAUUGUUCGGAGUUAACAUUCCUUAAUGUGGGCAGCAAUAGGAUACAUGAUACUUUCCCAUCUUGGUUAGGGUCACUUUCCGGCUUAAGGGUACUCAUCUUGCAGUCUAAUAAAUUCCAUGGAGGAAUCGAAAAACCCAAGAGGGACCCCGGAUUCCCCAAAUUACAGAUCAUUGACCUCUCUUACAAUAACUUUCAGCUAUCCCUGCCAUCCUUAUACUUCCAGAGUUGGAGACACAUGGGUGUUUCUAGUCCUGAGCGGAACUAUUACUUAAGUGGAUACAAUGGGCCGUUUGGGAUCUUUCAGGGCUUUGAAUAUUCAUCCUAUGAUUUCUCAAUGACAAUCAUUAACAAGGGGGUGGAGAUGGAGUAUGAAAAGAUAUUCGGAUACUUCAAAGUGGUCGAUCUUUCAAGCAACAACUUUACUGGGGAGAUUCCAGAUUCUAUUGCCAGUCUAGACGGACUUCAUCUGCUCAAUCUUUCCAACAAUAUGCUCAUAGGAUCAGUCUCUCCAUCCAUGGCAGCUCUGAUGCAAUUGGAAUCUCUUGACCUUUCCCAGAACGAGCUCUUGGGGGAUAUCCCCCUACAGCUGACGCAGCUCACUUUCCUUGCCUUCUUUAAUGUGUCGUACAACAACCUGUCAGGCCCUAUACCUCGAGGGAAGCAGUUUGAUUCAUUUCAAAGCAACUCGUACUUGGGAAAUGAAGGGCUGUGUGGAGAUCCUUUGUCAAGAAAAUGCGGAAGUCCCCCACAACCGCCGCCUCCAAAUAGUGCCGAAAAUGAUGAAGGUUCUGAUGCAACAUUUGAGAUUGAGUGGAAAGCUGUUGCUGCAGGUUACGCGGGUAGUUUCAUUGUCGCAGCAGCUGUUGGACACAAGAUAAUCACUAAACAACCGGGUUGGUUUGCACAAACUUUUGGACUCAGACAACACAGGAGGAGGACGUAGAAGAAAGCUAUCAACCGGUUAUCUAUAGUCGAAGAUAAAGGAAGCUGUAUCACAGGCUCGGGCAAGAGCAACCCUGUCCAUAGAAAUAAAUCGCCCAUUUAUUUCCCCUGCUCGGCAGAAAUUUAUGGCUAGAAUUUGUAUAAGGCAUCAUUGGCCUAGCGUGAUAUGUUCUUUUUCUCUGUUAGUUUUCCAGUUGUUUACAGCUCAAGGAGGAGUCAACACAUACAGCAUUGUAUAUAAUAUUUCUUCGGAUUCCAUGUGUUAAAGAUGUUUGUGAUGCAGAACCUGGUACAAUUUGCAGGCAAUCAUGCAUUAAAUCGAGAACAAAUGAAAUAGUUUAGCUUAUUACCUAAUUUAUGAUUGCAGUGACUAGCGGUGAUUUGUACUUGUUUGCAGAUUUUGACAGACUAGAG